AUGAAGGUAAUUAAAACUUUGUCUAUUAUAAAUUUCUUUAUCUUUGUUACCUUAAAUAUUAAAAAUGAAAGUAAAUAUAGCAACAAUUUGAUAAACAGUGCUUAUAAUAUGAACAUAAAGAGAAGUAUGGCAAGUACUGGUUCUAACACUACUAGUGGAACUGCAAAUCCUACAAAUACUCCUACUAGUGCUGGUAAUUCUGGUAGUACUGGUAAUGCUGAUAAUGCUGGUAGUACUGGUGGUGCUGAUAGUUCUGUUAGUGCUGGUAGUGCUAGUAGUUCCGAUAAAACUGAUAGUACUGAAAAUAAUUCAGAUUCAUCUUCUAGCACCCUUUCACAAAAUCCAGGUUCUGAUAGCGUAUCAACCACUGCAAAGAAUAAUCCAACAGAGGGUGAAAACACAAACAAAGUAAAUGAACCCAAAACUCAGGAAGCCACUGAAAGUGGAAAAACUGCAAUUCCUUCAUCAUCAACUGAACAAGCUCAAAAAUCUGAUUCACAAGCUGAAACAGCAGAAAAAUCUGAUUCAUCAAAUGAACAAAAACAAAAUUCUGCUCCAAAAACUGAACAAUCUCCAAAUGCUGCUCAAAAAGCAGAAGAAGCUAAAGCCCCAGAAACACAACCAGCCCCAGCUACUAAACCUAAUGAAAAACCAGGAAAUAUGCAAGGUUCUAGAAAUAAUCAACCACAAAGUUCUUCUGAAGACCAAAAAGAAUGUAAGAAUGGUGACGAAGCCAGUUGUGGAGCAGGAGCAUCCCUCUUAAGCAACUCUAGCAAUAUUGCUUCAAUAAAUAAUUUUGUUGCUUUAAUUUCAGUAACAUUUGUUUUAGCUGUUUCCUUCUUCAUAUAA